AUGAAGUCUUCGCUUCUCUUCAUCGCCAUUGGAGCUAUUACCACCAUCUUGCCGGUGCGCGCAGAAGUCAACCUGACGGCUGCCGCAGCUCUUCCCGAGUGCAUUGUGAAAUGUGGUCUGUCGGUCAGCACAAAACACAACUGUCCGAUUGGCGCUGCCUGUUCUUGCGACUUGGAUGGCCCCGUGAGCAAAGACCUCGCAGCGUGUGUCACAAAUGUACACCACGGCUGCAAAGCAUGGGCCGAUGUACUCUCCGGUCUCCAUUACCAGGCAGACAGCUGCGACUGGCCGACAGACCGCAAUAAACAGCCUGCAGUGAAGAAGACUGGCAUCGCGCUUUUCGUCUUGUCGACGCUAUUCAUCGUCGCUCGCUUGGCUUCGCGAUGGCCGCGGUGGGGUGGUGCAGGCUUCGGUCGGGAUGAUGGGCUGGCCGUCAUAUGCUGGCUACCGAUUCUAGCUUUAACGAUCGCGGGUUUGAUCAGCUUGAAUCUGGGUCUCGGCCGCGAUCUGUGGACCCUUUCAGUCUCCAAUGUCAAAGACUGGGCAAAGUGGUUCUUCGUCUCCCAGGCGCUUUACGUCUUCGGCGCAUUCUUUACGAAGCUCUCCUUGGUCCUGCUCUACCUUCGUAUCUGGCAGGAAAGUCCUGAAACACGCACGUUUCGAUUGAUGUGUAAAGCCACGGGUGCAGUCUUGAUGCUCGGAGGCGUGGCUUGCAUACUGGCUACGAUCUUCUCGUGUCAUCCUAUCACGAAUGCAAUACGAUAUACCAAUCGGGCGGGGGGUACCUGCAUCAAUCGAAUCGCCUUGGGUUACUCUGUCGGUGGGAUCAAUGCCGUCUUGGACAUCGUCGUCAUUGCACUCCCUAUUCCGCGACUUUCGAAAUUGACCAUCUCGCUACGACAGAAAAUGGGCAUUAUCUCUUGCUUCCUCAUUGGAUUCACCGUGACGGCUUGCACUGUCGUCCGACUCACCCACCUGCACAGUCUGACCACGAUCCUGAAUCCCACCUGGGACUUUGUCGAACUGAACCUGUGGUCUUUGAUCGAGGUGAAUUGCAGCAUGAUCAGUUGCUGCAUGCCCGCCAUGGCUGGCUUUGUCAAGCGAACCGGCAGAUUCGUCACCAAAAAUGCUCCCUUUGUGUCUUCGGGGUCCAGGGGAGCUGCCAUCGACGAGUUCCAUCUCGAGAAGACAAUCAAACACAAUCAACACAGCGAGGAGUUCCGCGACGUGGGGACUCCUCCUCCGGCUUACUCCCAGCUUCAAGUGUGA